UAAACAACAAAUCUAAUGCGCGUGGUCCGCGAUACCAAUUAUAAUAAAAUAAAUUAAGUGCGACGUCAAUAAUUAUGGAUUAUUCAGACGAGUCAGAGCAGAGUAGCCGACGGUCUGACGCACCGCGACCUCUGUCCAGGCGGGGCUUUAGAGAAUAUACCAACAGUGGUUCAGUUUUGUCAAGGAGCGGCAGCAUGCGCCCAACAUCUGCAUACAGAGGGAGCACUGGUUUGUCCACCGCUGGGUUCGGACCAGCUCCUCAGACAGCGACCAGGCAACAGACUGCUAUGACUGGGUUUUCUAUGAUUGACAGGCCGAUAACCCAGCAAGGUAUAUCAGGACUUCGCACCGGCACUGCUAGAGGUUUCCGUACGAGACAGCUUCAGGAUAAAAGGUACUGGGAGGAACUUAUGCAAGUGAAGAUUCGGGAGAUAAAAGCAGAAAUCGCAAGGCUAAAUGAAGAAGCUGAUGCAGGAGAGAGGGAGAAGUCAGCAAAGAAGCACUAUGAGAAGAGAGUUAAGGAAUUGGCACAGGAGUUGACAGAUUUACAGGGGAGAUUAGCAGACUACAAUACAGCAAUAAGAAUUGCGAACGGCGAAGCAUCGAAUCAGUCUGUCGAGGAACAAACUAGAUAUUUGGAGCAAAGUAACAAAAAGUUGCAGGAAGAAGUUGAGUUAAUUUUUGUCGAAAAACAGAGGAAAGAAAAUCAACUGAAGCAGAUAAGAGAACAAAUGGACAAGGAGCAGUCAAACCUAACGAGUAUUUUAUCCGAAAUGACACAGAAGCAUAAAGACCAAUACAAUGAGUUGGAAGCUACUGCAGUUGCCCUUCGAAAUGAUGUGGAACAAGCUCGAAUAAAAAUUGAAAUGCUAAAUAAUGAAAAGAAGGAAUUCAGCCGAGAAAUAUCUGGAUCUCAAAUAAAACUACAACUAUUGGAAUUACGUAAGCGAUUGGCAGCUGCUGAAGAAAAACGAGAUAAUAUGAAGCAUGAAAUUAAUAAUAGACUUGAUCCUCCAGAGGAGCGAGAGAAAUUGUUACUACAAGUUCGGGAAGAUAAUGCAGCUAUUGCAUCUCUUGACAGCAGCGCAGCCAAUUUAAAAGAACAAAUAAAAAAAGUUCAAGAAUUGAUCGAGCAAGCAGAACAGGAUUUAGAAGAAGGAAAUUCCGAACGCCAUCAAAAAUAUCGUGAACUUAAGAAACGAGAGGAAACAAUGGAUGUCUUUAUAUCUUCAUACGAAGAGAAUCUGAGCAAGGAGAAGGAGAGAAUUAAUCAAUUAGAGAAAGACAUUGUCUUUGCGUUGGAGCACAGCAGUUCUAAUAUUGAUUUAGAUUUAAGCGAAAUAGAUAACUUAAAACAAAAAGAUGGGUAUACAUCGUCUUAUGAUGACAGUAAAAAGACAGUGGAAAUGCUAACCAAAGAUUAUGAAAGAUUUCAGGCCAAUCUUAAGAAGGCCGAAGCAACCCGUGAAAGACUAGCUUCCGAACUAAAAACAUUACCAGAAAAGACGAAUGUUAUGAAAGAAGAACUUAUAACACUAACCGAUCUGGACAAACUUAAGUAUGAGGGUGCAGAACAGAAAAAAACUCUUGAAAUUGAGUUGCAGCAGAUAAAGGACAAGUUGGGUCCCACGCAAAGUGCUGUAUUGGAAGCAUCAAACAAAUUGAAAAAGUUGCAGGCAAGUCUUGAAGGCAACGAAAUGUAUGCAAAACUGAAUAGUUUAGAAGAUCAAGAGGUACAGUUGGAAAGCAGAAAGAUGGUUCUCGAAGAGGAUAUUGCUUCCAUUACACUAAAAGCAGAUUAUGAACCCAUAAAGAAAGAGGCGUUAAGUGAAUUGGCUACUUUGAACAAGAAGAUUAUUGAGGAUUUAAAUGUUAAACCUUAUUAGUACAAUAAAUACAAUGCUUUGCAUAACAACA